AUGUCUAAAGCACAAGCUGAAAGCGUUAUUAAAAAUAUCAUUCGAGAGAUUGCUCAAGAAUGUGCAACCCAAGGCCAAGCCGUGUCAGAAACCUUGGUAGCUUUUAUCGUAAAGGCUAUUGUUCUCAAUCCCGAAAACGAUUUUAAUGUUGAUCGAGCCUUAACUAGAGAUGACGUCGAAAGAUUAAUUCAGAAAUGCGUGGAAACUUUAUUAGACAAUGAAUCUCCGUCGUUAGACACCAUAAAAAUGCAGGUUUAUUUCGAUAUGAAUUAUACAGGCAGAGAGGAGUUCUUAACAGAACACAAACGUGUACUGGAUAAUCGCCUAGAUAUAGUACUACGAGAAAUAACUGAUAGUCGCGCCAGAACGAAAGAAGAGUUAGAAGCAUUAUACAGGAAAAUGGUGUCUUUCAUUAUCCUAAAAUCAGGCCUUGGUUCUCCAACGGAUAUUAAUGUUGUUCGUGAAGCAACAGCAGCCUUACAAAGUAUUUUUCCACAGACUGAACUCGGCCCAUUCUUAGCAAUGGUUAAGAAAGAUAAAGAAAGACAAUUACAAGAGUUGAUAUUAAUUGUAACCGGUAUUCGUUUAUUUAACAAAGACUGUGGUAAAGGAGGAGAAGGAAUUGACGAUUUGCCAUCACUACUUAGCGAAGCGAUUCCAGAAACCUUAAAUAACAUUGAUCAAAAUUUAGGCGCUAUACGCCAAAUGGCUUAUAAAUAUACUGAUUCCUUGGUUAAUAGUCGUCAGCAUGAGGGAUUCUUGCAGAUAUUACUGGAUGAUGCUCAUAAAUGUAAUGAUCACAGCAAAUCUGUAGAAAUUGAACUAAAAGAUCGAUUAAAUGGCUUAAGAACGAUUGUUCAAUCCAAGACUGCAGUACCUACUGCUCAAGUUUAUCCUCAGUUUAUUCGAGUAGCCCAACUUUGGAGAGGAUUACAAGAUGAAUUAGUACUCCUCAGUGUGUUGAAUAAUAUCCUCUAUAGUUUGGAGCCAUUUGCCAGGCUUCAUCAAGAGAUAUUUACCGACGAAGUAUUGGAGCCGUACUUGGAAUAUGCUAAUAUUUUAUCUGAUGAAGAAAGAGUACAAUAUGGUUUUUGCGCUUAUACUUGCGCUAUUGAAGAUCGAUUUCUCUUGCCUGGAGAUCCAAAUAUUGGUAUUAUUCGCUAUAAAGGUCACAAUUUUGCAUUUUCAUCACAAGAAGCCGCACAUGAAUUCGCUUCCGAUCCUGAUAAUUAUAUUAACAUGGCAACUGAAAAUGCAAAAUUUCAUCCUGAAUUAAUACAACUACUGGAGCUUCAUAAACAAUUUGCGACCAUUAGCCCAUAUGGCAGAGCUGCCGAUUCAGGUAAAAUGGUAGAAGCUCCUGUUACUAAAGCAGAUAUGGGAACACAAACUGAUACGCAUAUAUUAGAAAGCAAUAUCGUCAAAUCUUACGAAUGGAAUGAGUGGGAACUCCGACGAAAAGCUUUAAAAUUGGCUAAUUUAAGAACUAAAGUAACCCAUUCGGCACAAACUAAUCUCAGCCACUUCCGGCGUGAUAACAUAUCACAAGUUUAUCUGCCAAAAGAAAACAAAACGCAAACGAAAAAAGAUUCCUAUAGCAAGGUUCCUAAGCCAUCACGCUAUAUUUCUGGCUUACGAGGCUGUUCAUCAGAAGAUACAGUCAUGCAAACAGUCGAUUUGACUGUAACUGUUGAAGAAGAUUUGUAA